CUUGACAUAGCGAGGGAUGAUUAUAUCAAAGCUGUUUACCGCGCGACAACGGUGGUGGAAUUGCACGGGUGUUUAUCGUCCAACAACCAUGAGGUUGGAGGAAAUUUGAAGAGUCGACAAAAAAAUGUAGACGACAAAAAGUUUCGCGACUCGAUGCGGACAAUGAUUACAUUUAAAUUAUUGUUUAAUCAACAAGUUUCAAAAUUCUAUUUCAACUCCUCCCAGUUACAUACCUAGAGCUAUAUUGGCAAUAUGAUCUUUAAUCGAGUUUGGUUUGUGUUUCUGUUGCACCUCAUCAUCACCUCAUCAUAUAACAAAUGUUAUGGAAAGCAAGUUGUAGGAAAAGAACAGCAGCAGCAAGGGCAAGCAUGUAAACUGGAGGGACUACAUCCACUUCUCAUUGUAACGUACAAGAACAUUACAAUAUCGGUGGAUAAGAUUACAGUUCUUCACGAUGAAAAAGUGCAACUUCGUUGUCGAGAGCUUGGCAGAUAUAAACUGAUUGGAGAUUAUCUUCUUCAUUGUCGUAAUGGCAAUUUUAAUGGUAUUAUUCCAACAUGCAUUCCAACUACUGCCAUUUCUAAUUACACAGACAAUGUUCCUCCGACAAUCAUGUUUGGACUACCAGCAGGAUCAGCUGCGAUAGAACCGUCAGGCGUAUUGGCAGUUUUUCCUGGAAGUAUUCUACACUUGGAAUGCCUUUUUUCCAGAAAACUUGGUAAUCCAGAAUGGACUUGGACAUCCGCCUUUCGACAACAUUUAACUGGUUGGGCAAUUGCUGCUACCGAAAGAGAUGUAAAAUAUCGACUCUCCAUAUAUUAUGCAAAAACACAAGAUAGCGGUCUGUACAUUUGUACAACGCCUAAAGGUCUUACAAAUUCUAUUCAAGUUCGCAUUUCAAAUAUUCAUUGUACAUCAAUAGCGACCUUAAAACCACCUUUAAUUGGAAAAAUGGAGGGAACCAGAAUGGGGCAAACAAUAAAAUUUAAAUGUCCUCUCGGAUAUAGAUUAGAAGGACUACCCAGCAUGACUUGCCAAUAUAAUGGCAAAUGGUCAGCUGAAGUACCCCAUUGUGAAGCUAUUGUCUGUCCACCCAUUGAAAUAUCAAAUCCCAAAUUACAACUUUUGGAACAUAAUAAUAGUUAUGGAGGUAAAGUUGUAUUUUCCUGUAUGUGGGGAAGCCAAAUUUCAGGUUCCUCGAGUAUAAAAUGUGAGGGUGAUGGUGUUUGGAGUGAUUCGAUACCAACAUGUAUAGAAAUAAUAUGCCCAGCACCAGUCAUACCGAGAAGUGGUCGAAUAAUUGAACAUGCAAUAGCAAAAGUACAUAAAGUUGGUGCUUUAGUGAGAUUUGCUUGUUUACCUGGUCAUCAGUUACUAGGAGAAGCAUCUAUAAUUUGUCUUGAGAAUGGCAAAUGGUCUCAUCCACCACCAAUUUGUGACACCAGAUGCCCCUAUCCAGGUGAUCCACUUUAUGGGCAAAUAGCCCCACUCAAGUUUUGGUACAAACCAGGUGACAAUAUUCAAGUAACGUGCUCUCCUGGAUAUGUUACACCUCUUGAACCUGUAAAGAAACCUACUUGUCGGGAAAAUGGUAUGUGGAGUAGUCCACCACCUCCUUGCAGAUCAUACAAGGAUGUUUAAUUUCUCUAUAUGUUUUUUUAUAUAGCCAUAGACGCUGAUUUUCAGCAUGUGACACGCAAUUAUUUAAUAUACAAUUCAUUUUUUAUAUUUUCAAUUUCUAAAAAUACAAUCUCUUUAACAAAAAUAAAUAAAUAAAUAAAUAAAAACAA